GCCCAUCGGUCAUAUUAUCAUUCUCGUAUCUUUAGAAUUGAGUGAAAACUUUUGGAGAAUUAGAAACUUAGAACCGAAAUACCGAAUUGUGUGAACUACCCACAAGUUUUUCAGAUAGAUUUUAGUUCUCACUUUAUUUCUGAGAAUUCAUAGACAUCACGUAACAAAUAUAUUCAAAUUUGAAUACGAUGAGAGCGUAUCGAUUGUUGAAGAAACUGAUGCCGUCCAGUGGUGGUGGUGAUGAUUUUGAAAAGGCCAAAAAGUCCAUACGUUUGGCCAGAUAUGGCUGUACAAAUAGGCCUUUUUACCACAUAGUAGUUGUGCUUCAACGACGUGAUUGCAGAGCCCACCCAAUUGAACAGCUUGGUACAUAUGAUCCUAUGGAAAACCAUAAUGGAGAAAAACUGGUCAGCUUCAAUUUGGAAAGGAUCAAAUACUGGAUGGCCAAAAAAGCACGUGUGACCAAUCCAGUCGCUGAAUUAUUAGGUCUAUCUGGAUUCUUACCCAUACACCCUCAUACAUAUAUGACAGCUUGGAGGAAUAGGCAAAAAAAUAAGACCGAGAAUGAACAGAGUGAGACUGCAACCAAUUAAUGAAUAUUUAAUAUUAUAUUAUAUUUGUUUCCUGGUUAUUUAGAAUAGUUGAACUGCUGUAAUGCUUGUAGUAUUAUAGCAAGUAAGUACAUUUAUGCAAAAAAAAAAUAUAUUUAUAACAAAUUGUGUACAUA